AUCACGCAAAGGCAAAUAGAGCUUGGUUACUUUGCUCGCUCUGAGUUUCGGAGCAACUGUGCGGUACUCCUCCAGAGCCCCAGGUUUGGCGUCACCCUGACAACCACAUUCUAUCAUAUAGUCGCAAUCAGCAGUGCUUUAUUUAGCAUUCCUGAUCUGAAGCCAGCGUUACGAUAUCUGUUGUGCUCCUUUUCCACUCACCACAAGAAUGCUCACAACUCUGCAGCGCAGCGCGCCAGUCGCGGCUGCCGCCUCAAGGGCCAAGCCCACGCCUGUGCGACUGGCAAAGCCUGGACGUGCGGUCGCCGUGCGAGUUCUGGCUGCUAACUUUACCCCACCUACCGUCGCUGAGACGAAAGCCAAGUUUUUUGAGGGUUACAGCAAGCCAAUCGCCAGCAUUUACAGCACAGUUCUGCAGGAGCUCCUUGUGCAGCAGCAUUUUAUGCGUUACAGCAAGGAUUAUGUUUACAAUGAGAUUUUCGCGCUGGGGUUCGUCAGCGUCUAUGAGCAGAUCCUGGAGUCCCUUCCGCAGUCCGAGCGGGACGCCAUAUUUGUGUCGUAUGUAAAGGCGCUGGGUGAGGACCCGGAGGCCUACAAGCGUGAUUCGGAGCGGGUUGAGAAGGCUGCCGGUGCACUGUCCGGCCCGGAUGCUCUGGUGCCAGAUGCUGAGGGCAGUGAUGUCCAGACGUCAGCAUACAUUUGGGCUUAUCAUCAGAGGCGUGGCGAAAUGCGAAUGCCAUGGCGCACGCGCACCUGGGGUCAGGGUUCUUCCUCUCUGGGGGUGUGCUCGUAUGGGAAAGCCCUGGAUGCAAUUAAGGCCGCUUCUGCCGCGGACGCCUUCUCCUACAAUAAGUUCGUCGCCAUCGGGCUGUUCCGUCUGUUGGAGCUGACCGGUGCCAAGGAGCCCGCUGCGCUGGAGAGGCUGGUGAAGUCGGUGGGCAUCAAGCCGGAGGCGGUGAACCGCGACCUGCUCAUGUACAAGGGAGUGCUUUCCAAGCUGGCCGCGGCCAAGGAGAUGAUGCGCGAAUUCGUGGAGCGGGAGAAGCGGCGGGGAGGAGGACAGAUGCGGGUGCUGCCACUGCCUUCCUCGCAGUACCAUAUGAUUACCAAUCGAGGGAUUGGGGACUUAAUAUCGCAUAUGGCCUCUGAGGACACCCUAACUUGCGCGAGUUGCGAAGGAUGGUUCGAACAGGCAGGUGUGUGUGUCUAUGUAUGUAUGUCCUGGCGGGUCAGCGCCACCAUCAUCACCCACAACCUGAAGUACAACAAUCAGGACCGCCUAUCCUGCCUCUUCCCAGACCUCCUGUGUUUGUUCCAAAUGCGAAUAUGA